AUGAGCUUUACGCAGGCCAACGACGACUUUGUUGUGACAGCCUCCCCGCGACUCAGUGUCCGUCGCGUCUUGUCCGGUGCGAUGCCACCCGUGGCGCCCGCCAGCAUCACCAACGAUGGCAACCCCCAAACCCUCGCUUCUCAGGAUCUAGAGAGUACCACGCCCACGCCCAGCGUUGGCCGUCGUGGCCGCGGUCUUGGGCGCCAUCGUUCCACCAUUGCCAAUGCCGUCGAACCCAAUACCGCUUUCGAUAUCCCACUUGCUCGUCUCAACACCACCACGAGCGAGGUGACGGGCAGCCACAGCGGUCAGUGCCAUCGUGUCUCCUUGCAUCGUCCCGCAAACGCAUAUGUGAAUGUCAAUGUAAAUGUGUGUGUGUGUGUGUGUGUGUGUGUGUGUGUGUGUGUGUGUGUGUGUAUUGUGCGUGGGUCGGCUUUCGACCCCAGCAUUUCGUCAGAUCAAGGGCUCGCCCUCGAAUCUAAAAGUCUGGAGCUUCUCUCCGCAUGUCGAGACGGAAACCUGGCUUCCGCGCGGGCUCUCAUCCAAGAAGGCAAGGCCGACGUAGCCUACCAAAACGUCUUCCAGCAGACCGCCCUCAUCUUUGCAGCAGCGAGUGGAAACAAGGAGCUGGUGCACAUUCUCAUCGAGGCCGGGGCGCCGCUGGAUCUGAUCAACGCCAACAACCAAACGGCACUCACGGUAGCGCUCAUGCGGCGCCAUAACGAGGUGGCCAAGCUUCUCAUUUCAAAGGGGAGUAACAUCUUAGAUUCCUUGGGCAACCUGACCAACGUGCUGGAGGGGGUCAAGGACUAUGAGCUUCGCCAACUCGUGUCAGAGGACAUGUUGUGUAGCCAUCCACAACCCAUCAAGAUGUGUUUCCACCUUGCCCGUCGCCUCGAACGUCUGGCUCAACGUCAGGAGGAGCGCCAACAAAUGUAUCGAGAGCUGGCUGAGAUUUGCAGCACACUGGCAACCAACCUCCUCUCCCGCUGCCGUGACAUGUGGGACGUGCGCCGCUUGCUCGCCGACCACACGGGCAUUCUCGAUGAUGCGCUUCGCCACCAACAGGAAGGCUUUGUGGCCCAUCCGUUUUGCCAAGAGUACCUCAAAGAACUCUGGUUUGGCAAUCACAAGGCCGCCGAGUCUCAUGAGUUUCUAUGGCUUCUGGUGCAGUAUUUUGGCUGCGCCGUCUUUUUUCCAAGUUUGUCCUGUCGUCUCAUCGCCACAACCCUCCUUCUGGGAAACCAGCGCAAGGAAAUACUUGCCAAACAAAGCGCACAGAAGGGCAGCCAGGCCGUCUAUCUGAUUGACUUUUUGAUGCUGAAUCAUUCCCGCUUGGCCUUUAGCAAGCUGGGCGAUUAUCUCAUGUUGUGGCACACGCCCGUGAUGAAGUUCACGGGACACAUGUCUUCCUUCCUCGCCUUUCUUGUCCUGGUGCUGGUCGUGGUGGCUCAACGGGCCAGUCCAACGCCCACGAGCGCAGAAGUCGCCCUCGCCGUCUGGCUCAUUGCCAUGCUGUUCCAAGAAAUACGUGAAAUAUAUCAGACCCCCUUCCGCAUCUAUGCCCGCUCCAUCUGGAAUGUGCUGGACGUGGUGUCCCUCCUUUUCUUCUUGGUCGUCAUCGCUCUGCGCGUCAUUGCCUGGGAUAACGAUGUGCGUGGCUUGGAGGUGGAUGACUUGCUUUCAGCUGCCAACGUUCUGAUGGCCGUGGCGGCGGUGUUCUCCAUCAUUCGCCUGUUGAACAUUUUGGAAACCAGCUCUCUGCUCGGUCCACUCCAGAUCAGUAUCCGCCAGAUUUUCACAGAUCUGAUUGUUUUCCUGACCAUCUUGAUUGUGUUCAUGUUGGCCUUUAGUGCGGGCCUGGCGAAGCUCUAUGAGCGGGUUGAGCGCUUGCCCGUCAAUGACGAGGUGUUGGAGGCCUUUGGCAGCUUUGAACGCUGUUUGCGUACCACGUUUUGGGCUCUUUUCGGGCUCGUAGAGCUUGGCACGUUGACAGUUGAGGGCCGAGACGCUGCGCGCAUCCAAGCCACGGGCGAAAUUGUGUUUGGCGUGUACAUGGUCCUCGUGUUCAUCCUCUUGAUCAACUUGUUGAUUGCCAUGAUCUCGAAUACGUAUCAACGCAUUGCAUCCAACGCAGAUACAGUGUGGAAGUUUGCGCGCGCACGUCUGAUCCGCGAAUUCCAGCGCUACCCUUCAAUCCCGGCUCCGUUUAAUUUGAUCGCCGAGCCCAUCUGGGCCUUGACGCGACUGCUGGGCUGGAAUAUGAAGCAAAUCCUGCAGCCAGCAGGCUACGGCUCGAGUGACAACGCGGAAGAAGACGAGCAGCUUGCCUUGCUGUUGCAAAACCUAGCCGAACGGCAUCGCAAACACCGGCGAGACAACGACAGUCUUGAUCAGAGCGAUUUGGAGCAAAUUUGGCAAGAGCUGUUGUCCAUGAAGCGCCUCCUGCAAGAGGCCGUGCGCACUCGCGACAGCGAGCUUGGGUCAACGGCCGCGGCUGCGUCGGCCGCGCCUCUGGCUUAG